ACAAAACUAGGAAAAUAUAAGAGAUUUAAUUUUUACAUGAAUUCUUUUUGAUUUAUAAAGUAUCUAGAUGAUUUAGUCAUAUCUCCAAUAUCUUUGAAACUCUGAGAAUAAAGGUUGUAAAUAUUGUGCACACUUAGCAGGAAACAGUUGAUGUUAUAACCUUAUAUGACCUGUCAACCGAGCUGUUAUUCAGAAGAAUAACAAUUACAAUGAUCAUUGUUUGAUAUCAAAAUGGUCCAAUUAAAGUUCUACCCAGAAGGAUCCUUCAAAUGAUUGUAGUUACAAUGCACAGUCGAAUUUACAAUUCAUAAGUAACCUAAAGAUGUUCAAUUCAGGGAUUAAAGGAAAUCAAAGGUGUAAUGGACUAAAAACGUCACCUUCAAUUGAUCAAAUUCAUAAUAGUAAGUCACUUUAUAAUUCAAAUCACAGUAAGUCUAGAAUAGGUGUCAAAUAUACAUUCAAUAAUGAGAAAUAUAGGAAUCGACAAUAUCUCGUUGACCCGAUGGGUCAAUCGAAUACUACAUUACAUGGUAGUUAUCCUGAAACCAAGGUGAAAAUAGAGCCUGAAAGUUUGGAUUUCGAGAAUAACGUUACUGCCCACAGUAUUAUAGAUAUAGGUGAAGUUAAUGUUGAAAUGGAGUCGCCUCCUGUAAAUUCUAAAAUGAGGGCGAAAAACGGAAAAGCUACACAUCAUGAAGUCCUGCAGCGGAUAAAAACGGACACAGAUGUCCACAAUCAUUAUCAGCAACACUGGUUCAGUGCUAGCCUUGAGAAAUUCAAAUUAGAAGACAGAUCCAGGGAAGAGAGGAUUGAAAUAACUAGACACGAGUUCCGACGCUACAUCCAGCAGCUGAUCCGAAGCAACGUCGGCAACCCGAACAAAUUCCCAGACCUCUCCGACAGGCGAUACCGCCUCUCGGCAUCCUCCGCCGUCGUCCGGAACAAGCACGCGGCCGGCCAAGGACGGCUCGUGGCGCCGCGCACGUGCGAGGCGGGCAAGUGCUCGCGGCCUGCGCUGCCAUGUGCGAAGCACUGCACGCUGCACAUCAUGAUGAACGCAGAGCAGGCACUCUUCGAGUACUGCACGGCCAAGUUCGCGGACAACACGCAAUGCUCAACGCCUGUCUUCGACAUAUCUCACGAACUGCCGCUGUGUGCCGAGCACGCUAGAAAAAGGGAUAAUUACAAAUUGUACCAAGAAGCGAAGCCAAAGAAACUGAGGAAAAAAGUAAAACCGUCUGCGAUGAUCAGGCCGCAGAAGAGAAGCAAGAAAAGAAGAAAACUGAUUAACAAAAGUAACGAAACCCCUGUCUCAAGUGCAAUACUUCACAUGCCCCCUAGAACUUCAUCAGGUUCUGAUGGUGGUGAAAUUAUCGAGGCUGGAUCUCCGGAACUAGAAGUGGAAGACAUGCAAAUGGUCGACCAGGUGCUUGGACUAAACGAAAAUGGAUUAGAACAAGCAUUGGUGACGCAAGCCCACUUGUUGGAAGAAACCGAUAUCAGUACAGUGCUCAGCACCAUACAAGUUGAUGAAUUUAGUGACUUUUUCACAGUUAACCGAAAUGGCGAAUAUGAACCUUCUCGAGAAGAAGCUGAGGAAUUAGAGAAAGCCUUGGCAGCUGUUGAUAAUGACGUGAAAUCUCUCGAAAAGUUGAGUCAGACGCAAGGGCUCUUGGACUCUCUCUUGGACGAACACAGUUUAGCCGAAACCCUCGUACAGAUACCGGAAAUGUUCCAUAACGGUUAUACGCCGUGUGGGGACAACAUGGUGGCCCAAACGUCCUCCUACCUCUUGCCCAUAGAACCACAUUCACACUCUUAGUAAUAGGCAUAAUACUAGAAACAUCAACAACCAACAGUACAACUACCAUUUUUAUUUGUCACUGGUUUAGAAAUGACCAUCGAUGAUCGCGUGUGCCGGUAUUUAUUUUGUUUGUUGAUUGAUUUGUCUUUUGGGCAACACUGGAACUUCUCUCAUUAUUUGGUGUCAGGUGUGGGGUUUUUGUCGAGGUAUGUCGAUGAAAAACUUUUAGAACUUAUUGAGGAAAUCAAGUUGAUCUUUUCUCAAACAGUAGGGCUUGUUCGAUUUUGGUUAAAACAGUUUCGAUCGGGGAAGUUUCAUGAAGAAGCUGGGCUGUUGAGAAAAUGGGGAAAUUUCUAAACAUUGGAACUAUUAUAUAGGGAUUUUUUCGUGAAAUCUCGGUUUUUCUUCCCGGUCCAAUUGACAGAAAAACUGAUGAAAUUCUUCUACUUAUAGUUCAGACAAAUUCAGUGAUAUUUUGUAUUUUUAUUUUUUUUGAAGUUCAUGGUGCGUAUCAAAGCAUUUUAUACAAUGAUUAGAUUCAAUUUUUUUUGCUUAUAUUAUGAUUAGCCCUAGGGGGAGGUAGGUCGAUUUUCAUUCAGUUUCUUUCGUGAUACCGACGAGUUAGUAUUACGGGUGUGAAUGAAAAAUAUGUUGCUUGAGAUUCAGAUGUUUGAAAGAGUGUAAAUACGUAGGAAACAUAGUGAUUUUGCUCAUUUGAUAAGAAAGCUUCCGCGAAGGAGAAGAAGCUCGUUUAAAGUCCAGCUGUUAGAGUUUCAAAGUUAUUCUUAUGGUUUCGUUGACAUAUCAAGAAGAGAAUGUCUUUCAACAGGGGCACAUUCAAGACCAGUUGAAUAUUUUUUAUGAAGCAUCACCUCACUUAUCUUUCAAACUGCCUUUGUUAGCUCAAAAACUGAUAUUUCAACCUUAUUUCGAUAGAGAUUUGCUAGAAUGAAUAUUCACGAAUGUUUUUGUGUCAAAUUUUACACGUUUGAGUCGUUUCAUUUCCAUCGCAUAAUUUUAGUGUGAGUUAGUUUGAAUAGUACGAGUUACAACAGUUGAUAUACAAGUUAGAAAAAUGGCUAAAAUCGAAUGUAUUUUCAAAGCAUCUUCAUUAUUCACUGAUUCCGGAGAUAUAGCAUAAAAAACACAGUGUUUUUGCUUUUACCUUUUUAUUGCAUGUUUGACAAAUUAUUAAUCAAUUCUACAAAAGAAUAAAUCAACCUAAAUCUCUGCUAAUACCCUUUUUAAGAAAAUACCAAAAAGCUUCAGUAAGAAGCCAUGAAGAGACAACUGAUAACACUGAACAGCCUUGUUUGGAGGGUCCUACAUCUGAUGAGGUAAUAGUUUGUAUGAAGAAUGGCGUAUUUUCCACGUUAUUUCAAUGUUUUUCACAAAAUCACGAUAUUUUCAAUGAUAUGAACAGUAAAUAAUGGUGAAAGCUAUUUUCCGGGGGUUUUGACCGUGUUCUUCAGGUUUUUAUGUGCAGUGUUUCAAACGCUGUGAGACUGUGUUGUUUCAAAUACAGUGAGAUUGCAUUCAAAACAACAGGAACAACAAUUCGGGCCUUUCGUCUUUGAUAAUGUAUAUCGCAGUAGUAGACGAAACGUCAGGCGUAAAAACCUGCAGACUACACGGAAAAUAGCUUUCACACAGUUGUCUCCGGCCAUGAAAGUUUACAUUCUUUGAGAAAUGAUGUGUUUUCUGAAACGUUUUUAGAAAUAGAAAACCCUUGACAGAUUUGAUUUUUGACAUAGCUCUCCAACUCAUGAAUUUGCAGUUUCAAAGUUUUUUUUUCAUUUUUGGUGAUAAAACGAAACGUGUCGAUGGUUCCCGAGUCAUUGUUACAUUCUCAAUUCCAAGUUUUGGCGAUAAAAAAAAGUUGAUCAUGAAGUAGGCGUUUAUCUGAAAAUAGUGAAAAAGGUCGCGCAUAUGCCAAGUCUGAAUUGAAAGUUGAUUUGACUAUUGAACUAACUGUACAAAUGAAUAUCUGAUGGAAUUGAGUUCAAGAAUCGUGGGUUACCAAUUUUAGUAAAAAUUAUGUUCAAAUUCAUGAAAACUGUUACUUAAUAGGGAAUGAGAUACAUAAAGUAACUUUCACACAAAAAUCUGACUGGAUCAGAUAGCAGACUGCAGUCAAAACAAAUUGAGAGUAACAUCAUCGUUUUUUUCUCUAGCAACUGAUCAAAUAUCUACUAAUUAUGCUCUUGGGCGAAUCUCUUUUGUUUCGAGUAUAUUGUGUUUGAGGUGUUUUUUUGCUCGUUAUAACAGAGUAGGGUUAUGUCGGUGAAGUAGAUAGAUAGAUGUCGUGAUAACAGGAAGUAUGUUCGAUGGCCAGCGUUUUGGAAUUGUUCAGUUCCAUCAGUCGUUUAUUGAGUUAUGAUGAAUUUUAACAAUUUUAAAACUCUGGCCUCUACUGAUAGAAAAAUCGUGUGAAUUUUGAUUAAUUAUUAGGAGGUAUUUUGAAAUUCAUCGAAUAGUACUUUUUUUCCAAAAAUCAUCGUAUAUUUUUCUUAUCUUUUUUUAUUUAUUUAAGUUAAUUUGUAGUUGAAGACUGAAUAGUAUUUUAUUGAAUGUAUAUAUUUUCUCACUAUGUUCAUAUUAUAAUUAAUUUAAUUGUCGCUUUAUCAUAUACCAAUAAUCUGAGGAAUCCUAAUGGGUUCAAGACUUUUUUACUAAACCACUAAGAGUAGGAAUUUUGUAUGCAGACAGAGUAAUUUGCUUGGAUUCGAUGGUUUGUGUACAUAUUAAUUCAUACUUUAGGGUCACACAAACAUAUUAAUGCUGAAUUGUUUUUUGUAUUUAUUAAUCUUUUUAAGGCUAUUGAGACCGAUUUUCGCUGAAAUGGAGUUGUAUUCGAAAUGUGCCCCCCUGUUUUUGGAGUCAGAAAUCAAAUUCAAAAUAAUUUCAAAGUUGAAAUGAUUCGAAAAAAGUCUUCAAGUCACCGGGUGGUUCAUUUCAAACAGGGUUUUAACACUUACACCACUUUGUGUCUGGUUUCCUUUAAAUUAUGACUGUAUUUCAAACUUUAGAGGUUUUGCCGGUUUUUCUUUUUCGUUCAAAAUUUUCUAGGAUUAAAAAUAUUUUCACUUGUAUGUGUCAAUUUUGAAAUAGUUGGAUAUUAACCAUAGUAAUCGAGUUAAGGUAAAAAAGUGAGUGGUUUCUUUAAAAAAUGUAUUUUUUUAAGAUCUUGUUUAAAAAAAGUGAAGAAUGUCUUUGAUUGAAGUCAGAUUUUGUGCUUGUGAGUGUCAAAUCCCACGGAAGUAGUCGAAUUGUAUGUUCCUAUUUCUUUUGUGAUUUUAAUUUUUUGUUUAAGUUUUUGAUAUAUGAGUACUUUGUAUUAAAUUACAUUAAGGGCCAGUUUUUAGAUGUGUUUGCGGCAGUAUCGAUAGAACUGAAGAUUAAGGAAGGUUUUAUACUUCAAAACUAAAGUCUGAGAGUUUUUGACAUAGUCAAUUUUUGUCUAAAAUAUGAUAAUAAUGAACCAUAAAAUAGUUUGUCAAUUUUUCCUUUUUAGAGACACCUCAAUUAUUCAAUUCUGGUUGGAUUGAUUGUUGAAAAGGACUUUCUUCAGAUAACUAUCAAUAACUGCCAAAAAUCAAUGUUUUCUUAAACUACAACUUAUGAUUUGAUCUCCACAAACUUUUGUUUGAGGAGAUCAAAUCGUGAGCCAUUUUUGCAAUGUAUUUGCUAUUGCAAGUUGAACAGAUCCCUAAAAAAUAGGUUUUCCCCCUUUUUCAAUCUGUCAUUUCAGAAUUUAACUAUUGGAGGUAUACCAUUUCAUUACCUUUCUGAAAAAAUUGACGAAAUUUUAUGUUUACGAAAGGGUUUUGACAACUUUGUUUAUGUAUGUACGAUUCAGAGAACAGGUGUGCCUACAUAUAAAAAACAGAUCUAAGACACUAACAGUAAUAGUGAGCCAAAGACAGAAUAAGCAGUAUCAACAUUAAUCACCAAAAGUUGAAUUUUUUGAAGUUGAAUGCUGUUGACGAGUUCUUUCAAUUUCUAAAAACGUGACAAAAGAUUUUUGAACUGAAGUGUACACUAGAGAAAUCCGAUGGAGUUGGAAUGUGAGGAAAAACGAGAGAAAGUAAAAUACGAGAAACAAAGGCAAGUACUUAUUACUGUUUCUUUGGGUAUAUAACCUUCCAUAAUCUGAAAAAUAAACAAAGCUAAAUCUGCUGAAGUGUAAUAAGGGGCUAACUAAACAGUUUCCCCCCUACUCUUCUUAGUGAUCGCAACUGGAGAAUUCUGUAAAGGUUUAUAUUUCCCUUUUUAAAGACUCUUCUUAAUGAUGGCACGAAUAUAUUCGGAUUUUUUUUUUCUAAUUUAUUCAUUUGAUGAAAAUGUUUGUUUCACGCCAUUCUACAGCGUGAUCACCAGUCGAUUUCAAAUUAUGGUCCGCUAUUCUAGAUCCUGCCAGCUGUCUUCCCGUGUUAGAAAUCACACGUUAAAAGCUCGCACAAGUUUUCGACGUCUGAGAGUUGUAGCUCGUAAGGGUGCGACAGCUGGUUAACGGAAAAACAUUUUUUCUCACAUCUAAGGGUAUGGAGGUUUCACCUGUAUUACUUUUUCCACAGGAACAAAGUAUAUUGAAAAUACAAAUACACUGUAUUUAUACUAAUUAUAAAUAUUUCAUUGUUUUCAAUUGAUUUUUUCAUACUGUAGGCAAAUUAAAGUUACUAAUUGAACUCUACAGUAAUUUUUUGGGGUGAACUUUUCAGUGUGCCCUUUAUUUGACGUCUCUAUUGAUUCAGCUUUAUUUUUCAAAUUGUAGGUUAUAUACAAAAAAAACAGUAAGAAGUAUUGAGUCUUCCACAAAAAAAUAUCUUUCAGAGAAUAAAGGCAAAUAAAUCUUGAAAAUUGGAAAAAUUAAAAUCAAUUCAUGUGAGAAAAAACUUUGUAUUAGAAACAAAGAAGAUGAAAUAUCUAUAAUUGUUCUAUUCAUCUUAUGUGUUUGUUCUCCAACAUUGUUUUCUGACACAUCAAACCAAAAGAAUUAUUUUUAUUAAGACGUUCUUUUGAAGGAUUCUGGGUUAACUAAACUGCUUAACAAUAAUUUUACUUUAUUACCAUAUAUAUGGUUUCCCAAAUUAUUGACAUUAAGCACAUUUUCAUUUUACUACAAAGUGGAAUGUUUCCCGUUUAUACCACUGAAGGAACUGUCCCACGUUUUCUGGGGACAAUAAUGUAUUUUACAGUUAUCAAUAUAAACUAAAAAGAAUUACAAAAUGGCAAUAUGCUUCAGUUUCAUAAGCUGAAGUCUGAACAAUUUUUCAGUUUUACAUUUUUUGUCUUCUAAGUGUAUAUACAGGGUGUUUUUUAAACUUGCGGUAAAAAUUUAAGGGACUAUUCUAAGAAUAUUUUGUUCUUUGAUGAUUUUUCGCUUUGUUUCGAAGAUACGGAGCAAAAAAAAAUUCGACAAUAACAAUGCAUUACCAAAAGUUACAUGUAAUGUUUCCUAAUCUAAAAGAACUGUUAAAAAUGACUACCCCCCGCUCGGAUGCGAGAAUCCAAUCGAUUCCUGAACACUUUCAAAAACAACAGGAUCAUUUCAGGUUGCGUUAUACCCAGAAAUUAUCAGAUUUUUCAAAUCUUCCACUGGAGUCGUUGAUAGGUAGGUACCAACAGAAUUGUUAGAUUGUUUAUUGCUUGGUAGGUCCAGUGUAGUACACUAUACUUUUAUUCCGGCGUAAAUUUAAAAAUUAUUGUCGAAAUUCCUUUUGCCCCGUAUCUUUGAAACAAAGCAUCAAGUCAAAAAUCAUCAAAUGACAAAAUAUUCUUAGAAAGGCCCCUUAAUGUUUUGCCAUAUGUUUAAUGAACACCCUGUAUCAAAACUGCUGUGUUCAAGUUGAAAAAUGAAAGGGUAAUAAAUUGACUGCCUUCUCUUAUAUCCAAGUCUAAAUUUAAUAUUUAAUUUUUAGAGUAUUCAGAUAUAAAGUACACUUCUAAAGAAUCAGUUUAUCCUUUUUUGGUGUGGAUUUAAGCAUUCUCGGGGGAAACAUACGACAUUCAUACAUGGUUUCAGUGAAGUCUUUCAGACAUGGACAGAACAAAUUACGACAGAAUCGAAUGACAAUAUUUCGAUUUCUAAUAUCUAAAUUUUUUUCAAAGGUGAUUAAACGUUUUCUUUGGGAUAUUUCAUAAAACAUUGCUCUUAAAACUGGCCCAAAUAUUUCUUUAAUUUUUCGAUUAUAUAGAUGAUGAAUUGAGUUAAAAUGCAAUAAUUCAAUGACGAGGAUGCAUUAGUGUACCAAACUCCAAUUUUGUAAAAAUGACCUUUUUGUAUGAACCAUUAUUUUCAAAACAUUUAUAAGGUAUUUGAACCGUUCAUUAAGUGUAUGUAAAUGAAUACUUAGAUAAUGUCCUAAUUUGUUUACAUGUAAUUUUAAUUUGUAAAUAUUCUCAGGUUAAAAAUGUUAAUAAAAAUACCAUACAUUUUG